AUGGCAAGAGUAGUGGGAACAUGGCUGGAUAAACACGAGGACGACAUCAAGAAGGGCAAAAAGAAGCUUCUCUUUCUCAUGCGACAUGCCGAGUCCGAGUUUAACGAACGGAGAAGGGACUCUUUUAGGCGCUUGCGAGUUCGUGACAUGUUCAGUUACGACCCGAACAUGCAAGAUGUUUGUCUCACCGAUCGCGGUUUGCAGCAGUGUGCAAGCGCUGCAAGGUUUUACUCGCAGUUCCGCGCUGAACUACCCACUGUGGAGGUCGACGCCUAUAUCGUGUCUCCUCUCAGUCGUACCAUUCAGACUGCUCUCAACACUUUCUCUUGUCCCGCUGUUUCUCGCGAUCCGGAGCAUCGGCUGUCUCCUCGUCCGCGUGAAGGUGAGUUACCAGAAAAUCAAGCAGUAGAGCCGCUGCACACUCACGAGAAAUGGCUUCUUCUUCCGCUCGUACGAGAGCGUACCGACACAACCGGCGAUACUGGACGGAAGGCGGAAGAGCUCCGUGACCACUUGGAAGCUCUGAGAGCUAGCAGACGACUUCCUCCUAACUGCAGCAUCGACGAAGACCUUGACUGGUCACUCGUGAACCCCCUCAAUAAGUGGUGGCUCCAGUUCGCCGAUGACGAGAUUGCGCAAAUCGAGGAAGUUCUUUCCGCGCCGUGGUAUGAUGCUGACGCAAGGAAACAUCACCAUUUAAAUGGGGAAGAACAUGCUCAGGAAACGCUACGCCCAUCCGGUUCCUCUCAUGGUCCGGCUUCUUCAGUUGCGGGAGAGCAGGCGGCAGCACAACAGUUGAACAAACUGGAAAGCGACGGCGAGGAGACACCUCUGGAAACGGAACCCGAAAGCGUUCGAGACCAACUGAAAGCGGCACUAAGGGAUUACUCUACGGACGUUCAUGACCUCAUCAGAGAGCAGGCUUGGGCAGAACGCCUCCAGGCAUCUUGGCGCUUUAGAAAAGUCCCCCUGGAGAGCAGCCGCGCUGUCCGUGCACGGAUGCGUCUUGUCCUCAAAGCAAUCUGCAGCGUCAAGGAUGCGAGGGUUGUGGUUAUUGUAGGCCAUUCGAUCGCGUUUCGCGUCCUUACAUCCACUCCAAAGAUGGGCAACGCGUCAAUGGCUCCCUUCGCCCUCGACUGCGAGUCGAAAACGAUAACGGAUCUUCAUUAA